CCACCACCUUCCUCCUAACCCUUUUCUUCAUCGCCACUCAAUCUCUCUCUCUCUCUCUCUCUCUCUCAUUCUCUGUGUUGUGCAAAAGUGACAAUUUUUAUUAAGAGUUUUCCAUGAUUUUAUAGUUCUCAAGUUAACCCAUUUCAUCGCCGAUCACGACUGACUGAUUCAUUCACCACAUUGCCAUAAAAAAAUCCCAACUUUUUCUCUUCUGGGGUUUGGUUUUAGAACCAGAGGAAGAAGAAGACGGACUGUGGCAGUUGUUUUCCGGAGAGGGAGAGAUAGAGAGAGGGAGAAAUCUCGUAAAGCCUGAACUCUCCCGGUUCGGCAGCUCCGGAUCGGUGGGUCGAGUCCUCGUGGAGUUUUCACGGUGCUUCUCGAGGGAAGACACGGCGGAGGACGGCGGCGGUGGCGGCGGAGGUGUCCGAAGAGCCAUGGACAUUGGUUUGCCGACCAAUGUCCGCCACGUGGCUCACGUGACCUUCGAUCGCUUCAAUGGCUUCCUGGGUCUUCCUUCCGAGUUCGAGCCCGAUGUGCCCAGAAAAGCUCCCAGUGCAAGUGCAACUGUUUUCGGGGUUUCGACAGAAUCGAUGCAGUUAUCAUACGAUGCAAGAGGGAACUGUGUUCCUGUCAUACUCUUGUUGUUGCAAAGCCGGCUUUACGAACAAGGAGGUUUGCUGGCAGAAGGAAUUUUCAGAAUUACGGCGGAGAACAGCGAGGAAGAGUAUGUAAGAGAACAGCUAAACAAAGGAGUCAUACCCGAUGGGAUCGAUGUCCAUUGUUUGGCCGGACUUAUAAAGGCUUGGUUUAGAGAACUCCCGAGAGGGGUGCUCGACCCUCUGCCAUCCGAGAAAGUGAUGCAGUGUGAAUCAGAGGAGGAUUUCGUAAAAGUCGUGAGGCUUUUGCCGCAGACAGAGGCUUCUCUCCUGAACUGGGCGAUCAAUCUGAUGGCUGAUGUUGUCGAGUAUGAACGUGCCAACAAGAUGAACUCUCGUAACAUUGCUUUAGUCUUUGCACCCAACAUGUCUCAGAUGGCAGAUCCAUUGACAGCAUUGAUGUACGCGGUUCAAGUGAUGAACUUGCUCAAGACCCUCAUCGAGAAAUCACUACGAGAGCGGGAAAUCGAAUCUUCCGGGCUCGACGGAAACUACUACGACAGUGCUUCUGAAGAUUGCGGAGAACAAGAAGCCAAUGCAUUUGAAGAAGAAGAAGAAGAAAUACCGGUUACAAAUGAGAAUGAAGAGGAGGGUCAUAGUGAGGGUAGAGAUUCGGGUCACGGGGAAACGAAAGAGAUCGGGGUAUCGAGUGGUUCGGGUUCAAAGGAAGACGAUGAUCAUAGAGAAAAAAACCCAUUGCAGACCAGUCUAAGCCGUAUACGAUCAAGGAGCGAGUGAAGUGAGCAGACGGGCGGAUGGAUGGAUGAUAUACUAUAGUAAAAGCAAGUUUGGUGUGUGUGAGUUUUGGUUAUUUGUUUUAUUUUAUUAUUUCUUGUUAAUGUGAUGUAUUAAGUAAUUUAGUUGGUCCAUGGAUGUUGAUAUCCGUUUCCUAUAAAACCUGUAUUUUUAUUAUUAUGUUUUCAGACACUGUUGUAACAUUACACAGCUUGGGGUACUGAGUUUGUAUCUGUA